AUUUUCUCGCUGCCUUUUUCUCAGGGAAGAAGAUUUUUAUUUUUACCCUUAAAAAUUCUUGGAAAAAGAGAUACCAAAGUUUUCAACUUUACAUCGAUUUUACGUUAUUUAUUGAUCUACACGAAGAACCCUCCUUCACGUUUCUCACAAUUUCUCUGAUUUCUAUGGUUAAUUUUUUAUUUACAUUUAAACAGGGAAAUUCAAGAGAAUUCGUAUACCAGAACAUAUUAUUUCAAGAGAUUUUGUAUAAAUCCAAUUCCAGAAAAAAGGCGCCAAAAACAUCGUGUUUUGAUGAAUUCAUCUACAAUAAUGAGGCAGAGUGUUCUUCUAAUUGUAAUGAUGGUAUUUUUGGCUAAUGCCGAGGACACGAAUCACGUUUUCGACCUGUGUUCGGAUGCAAAGGUUAAAAAAUCGGACGGUUUUACAUUCGGGCUAGCAUUUGCAUCUAAAGACUCCUUUUUUUUCAACCAAACUCAGCUUUCGCCGUGUGAUAAGCGUUUAUCCCUGGCGGGCAAUGGUGCCCAGCUGGCGGUGUUUAGGCCGAAAGUCGAUGAGAUUUCGCUCCUCACCAUCAAUAGCUCCACAUUUGAUCCUAGCAAAUCCGGUGGCUACAUGGUGGCGUUUGCCGGACGACGAUACGCGGCUCGUUCGCCAGCCGUGUUUGUUGCUGACAACACUCACACUGUAACGAGCUUCACCCUGGUUCUUGAAUUUCAAAAAGGUACACUCGAAAACUUGUUUUGGAAAAAGUUCGGUUGCGGAUCUUGCAACGGGGGCUCGUUCGUGUGCCUCAACAACACCGAUUGUGCAGUCCGAAAUUCGAACUGCAAAAAAAACGGUGGUUCAAUCGGGUGUGACGUGGGCAUACAGUUGGCCUUUUCUGGUACGGACAAAAACGACAAUGUGCUAAACUCUUGGUACGAGGUCGCUAAUCUUAGGCAGUAUUCGUUAUACGCUCUUUACUCGGAACUAAAAAGUUCUCUUACGAGCCCGUUCAAUGGCCUGUUCUGAAAAAAUGUUGCAUCUUUUGUUUUCUUUUGUUAUUAUUGGUUUUCUUGGAUUAACUCAUGAAAGGCUUUUUCCUGGAUAAGCAUAACAUCUCAGUGUAAUAUCAUAGACGAAGCAGUUGCUGGCUGAUUCGAUUUCUUGCUUUCACGAGAGAAAUAUGGUGAAAAUUGUAUUUUUUUUCCUGGUUUUGU